CGGGGAGAGCAGAAUUAAGAGUUUAUGAUCCAAGAGACUUCGAAGGAGCAAUAUUUGUUGGAGACGUUGAAAUGUGCAAAAGAUUUGCUGCAUCACCAGGAGACUUCCCUUGAUCGACAGGGUUUUUUGUUUGAUUUAGAUGCACUAUCUUCUGAUUUCAAAACGAAUCACUCUUUGAAAAACGAAGUUAACGAGGCCUAUCAAAGAAGACUAAAUCUACUUAUCGAGGAGUGCAGAGAGAAAAGGUCGAAGUUAGCACAGCUGCAACAACAAAUUGUCAAAAUGAAAUACUUAGAAAACAGAGGCAAUGUCUCUCAGCUCCCACUGAAAUCGAAAAUGCAAAUUUGUCAACGUGUAAAGCUUCUUUCUGAAAUCGAGUACUUGCAGCGCCAAAGCGAGCGCUCCUUGGAUUCAUCAUCUUCUCAUUUAUCUAAAGCUCAAAUUGUGAGAAAGAUAAAAAGAGAUACCUUUGAGGUACACCAGAGUCUGAGAGCACUUCGAGACGACGUGGAAGAGUUGGAAACAAAACUAAGCGUCUGCCUUCAAAACAACGCUUUGCUAGAAAAAAUGGAAGAGAAAUGGGCAUCAAGCCAAGAGGAUUAUGCAGAGUUGAAAAAAAAAGAGAUUCAAACUCAAACGUUGGAAAUUGAAGGAGUUCAUCUUGAACUGCAAAAAAAAUUAGUAGAUUUUUUACAAAGAACUUGGAAUGAAAAAGGCGGUACUGAGUGCAGGGCCGUGACUAGAUUGAUAGAGGACCUUAUGAACCUAGUAUUUAAGUCAACUGAUUCAAGUUGGUUGGAAGUAGAAAGAUAUCAAGAAGAACAUGUUGAGUUUUUACUUAGAGCACAGAUUAUUGAACAUCAUGUACAAAACCGCCACUUGAUAAGAAUAGCUAGUCACUUUUUGCAAAUAUUAAAUGGCUGA